GAGAGACAAAGGAAGAAGAAAAGCGAGUUAGAAGCGAAGCAAUGGCAGUCACAAGAGCCUCCUUCGCCGUCUGCAUCCUCCUCUCUCUGGCCGCCAUUGCCGCCGCUGAUUACUACACCCCUCAAUCCCCUCCGGUUUACCACCCCGACACCACUCCCUCUCCGGUUUACACUCCACCGGUUCACAAACCCACUCUCCCGCACCCGGCUUACACGCCUCCGGUGAAGAAGCCGACCCUCCCGCACCCGGUUUACACGCCGCCGGUCUACACGCCCCCGGUUACCAAGCCGACGCUCCCGCCGCCGGUUUACAAGCCAAAGCCCGAGACAAAGCCUCCGACCACUUAUGUUCCGCCGUCGGAGGAUGCUCCAAAACCCUACGUUUACUCUCCUCCCGUGAAGCCCUACGUGCCUAAAGUCAAGAUUACCGUCGCCAUUGAUGGAGUUAUCUUGUGCAAGCAUGGCUACAACACCUACCCAAUCAAAGGAGCAAAGGCAAAGCUGGUGUGCACGGAGAUGGACUCGUACGGAAAACAGAAGGAGGGUUUGGUGAUAUACAGCAACCCGAGCAACGAGAAGGGCUACUUCUACUUGACGGUGACCGAUGCAGUGAAGGACAUUGCUCUCUGCAAAGUGAAGCUCCACAGUUCUCCGGUCGCCACUUGCAAGAAUCCGACCAACGUGAACAAGGGUUUGACCGGAGUUCCUCUCUCUCUCUACCAGUACCGCGCAUUCCCCGACAAGCACUUGAACCUCUACAGUGUCGGGCCUUUCUUCUUCACCGGUUCUCAGGCUCCUCAGCCCAAGUACUAGAGCUCUGCUUCUUCUUGCUUGAUUUGCAAAUGGGUCACCAUUACUUAUAUAAUGCCUCGCCCGCCUCGUUUCUUUGGAAUUUCUUCUGAUUUGUUCGUUCUACGAGUUGUUUGGUAUUCCUUUUUAUGAUGGUUUUCGAAUCGGUUGUGCAUCCAACAAAAGGCGCCUUACCGGUUUUUGUUAAUGUAAUGACAAAUUCUAUGUAUUUGUUUGAAGCAAUUCCUCUCUUA